AUGGAGGAGCUACUGGAGAAGAAUGUUUUCUUGGAGAAUUCACUAUCUGACGCUAAUGCUGAACUUGAGAGUUUAAGGAUGAAGUUGAAAGAACUGAAAGAAUCUUCAGAGGCACUCCAAAAUCAGAAUUCUAUGCUUCAAUCUGAGAAGAGAACUCUUGUCCACCAGGUUGAGGGCAUCACUGUAACUCUGCUGAAUUUGGAAAGGCAAUACAAAGAACUAGGAAGGCGACACUCAGAUCUGCAGAAGGAGAAGGACUUGGUGCUUGAUGAAGUGAUCAAGAUACAGGAACAGAUAAGGCUUGAGAGGAAGGAGCAUGAAGAUUGUACACAGUCAAGCAACACUAGAUUCGAUGCUCUACAGAAAAAGAUUAGCCUACUGCUAGAAGAGGGUAGGAAUAGAGAGGUGCAGCUUGGAGAGGAGGAGCUCAAGAUUGUCAAAGCUCAGAUAGAGAUAUUUGUCUUGCAGCAGUGUUUGAAUGACAUGGUGGAAGUAAAUUCUGAAAUUGCAGCACAACUGACCAAACAUUGUGCAGCUCAUCUUAAAUGA